AUGCAGACCAUCUUCGACCCAGAGCUAGCAGCCGCCAUGGGCACACCGCUCGCCCCAGGUGAAGGCCUGCAGCACCCCCCGACUAUGGCGGAGGCGCGUGCUCAUUUCGAGCAGGUGGCGAUCGCGCCUUUCAAGGCGUUCCAGGAGCCGCUUCUUCCAUCAGCGUCCGCAUACAUCCUGCGUGACGAGACGGUGUUAGUUGAGGACGGGGAAAUCAUCAUCCGAUGUGUCGUCCCUGUCGUGGAGGAUGCGCACGAUACAUUCCCCGUGCUCGUCAAUAUGCACGGAGGAGGUUGGAGUGUGGGAAACAUCGAGCUCGACGACUACUUCCUGCGCCAGCUGAGCGUCGAGCAUAAACUGUCUACCGUGAAUAUCGAGUAUCGGCUCGCUCCGGAGCACCCCUUUCCUACUGCAGUCAACGACUGUCUUGCCGCACUCAAAUGGGUCGUCCAAAACACUGAGCUCCUCAAAGCGGACCUCAACAAAGGCUUCCUCGUAGGCGGACAAUCUGCCGGCGGGAACCUCGCCGCCGUCCUCGCACACGAGACUGUCAAGGACCCCUUCUUCACUGGGCCGGGGCGUCAGCUAACAGGACAGGUCCUCCGUGAGCCCUUGCUCGUUCACCCAGACGCGUACCCCACAGAGCUGAAACAUGUGUUACUCUCGAUGGAAGAGAACGCAAACGUGCCCCCUCUCCCCCGCACCGCCAUCUACCACGCCAUCGGCCUGUACAACCCACCUCCGGCCGAUCCGCGCUUCUCUCCGCUGCUGUAUCCUGCGCAUACCGGAGUGGCGCCCGCAUACGUGCAGGGCCUAGAGCACGAUCCGCUGCGUGAUGACGCCCACGCGUACGCGGCCGCGCUACGUGCAGCGGGCGUCCCAGUCCGUUACAUCCAGUACCCGGGCGUGACGCACGGUUUUCACUAUGAGUACCCGGCGAUCACGGCGGCGGUGAAGGCGCGCGCGGAGCUCGUGCAGGGGAUCCAGUGGUUGCUCGGGCAGGAGGCGUAG